AUGGCAAUAUGUGACCCAAGAGAGGAGGAAGCUCAAGUGCUAAGAUCAAUUUUCGAUGAAGAAGAAUUGUCGAUAUCAGACGAUUAUAAUUUGGAAUACAAGGUAGGUGAGGCGGGAACGACUUCUUCAUUCAUUGUACAAGUUUACUGGCCUGAAGGAUAUCCUGACGUUCUACCUUGUAUCUCUAUGGAUUCUUUUUAUAAUCAUCAUAUCCCUUUAAAUGUUAAAGAGAAAAUAACUGAAGAAUUAGUGUCUGUUGCUAAAGACCAACUUGGCUCAGCUCUAACAUUUACUUUAAUUGAGUACCUAAAGGAAAACCAUGAGCGAUUUACUAAAUCUUUUGCAGUUGAUAAAGUAGAUACAUCACAAAACAAUUCGUUCCCGAGUGAAACCCCAUCGGUUUCUCGCAAACAGAAUAAACUACCUCAAUUAUCUAAAAAUCAAAAAAGGAAGCACCUAGAUAGACUAGGACAAAGUGGAGAGUUACCUAGAGGUUGGAACUGGAUUAGUGUUAUAAAACACCUUCAACAAACUGGAUCGGCGUCAUAG